AUGGCAGGAGUGACAGUUAAAGAGGAAAGCAUGACUGUGAUUGAGGAUGACAGUGGUGGUGGUGCGGGAGGUGGUUUCCUAGAGGGGAGGAAAACAGUUGAAGCUGUUACAGUCAAGGAAGAGCCCAUAAUAGUUCUUGAUGAAGAUGACACUAUUGAAGGUGUUAGUGGUGGUGGUACUGGUGGAGCUUCUGGUGGUAAAGAAGGAUGUGGUGGUGGUGAUGUAUUUUCUUCAUUUCCAAGACCAAUGGAAGGAAUACAUGAGGUUGGUCCACCACCCUUCUUGAAGAAGACCUUUGAAAUGGUGGAUGACCCAAAAACAGACUCCGUAAUAUCAUGGAGUUCCACUCGUACCAGCUUCGUUGUUUGGGACCCUCACAAGUUUUCUACAUAUCUUCUCCCCAAACACUUCAAACACAACAACUUCUCCAGCUUCAUUCGCCAACUCAACACCUAUCGUUUCAGAAAGAUCAAUUCGGAUAGAUGGGAAUUUUCCAAUGAAGGGUUUCAAAAAGGGAAGAAACAUUUGCUGAAGAACAUCAAGAGGAGAAAGCAACAGCCCCAAACCAUGCAGCUUCAAGGACCAGCACAACAAUGGCAGCUUGAUUCCACAAAGUUUGGAGUUGAGACAGAGCUUCAGAAACUGAGGAAUGAUCAGAACACACUGAAAAUGGAAAUUCUGAAGCUUAAACAGCAACAAGAGAGCACAGAUAGCUGUUUGGCCACUGUGAAAGAGCAUGUACAAAGUACUGAAUGUAAGCAGCAAAAGAUGAUACUCUUUAUGGCCAGAGCUUUUAGGAACCCAACUUUUAUUCACCAACUUUCCCACCAGUUGAGGCACAAGAUUGAACUGGGUGGCGCUGAAAUUGCAAAGAAACGAAGAUUGAUGGCGCCACCGGGCAACGAAAGCUUGGUGAAGGCCAUGGAUACCAUUGCCAAGAACCAAGUUCAGGAAGAGUUAACAACAUUCCAGUCAGAAAUACAGACACUGUUUUCCUCAGAUGACUCAGGCAGCCCUGUUCAGGACCACAAUGCCAACGAAUUCUCGGGGAUUAGUAGUCCAGAUUCGAUUUCUGAAAAUUUUGUGCUGUGGGAGGAACUCAUGGAGGAUGAUUUGAUUUAUGAGGACGGCACAGUAAAAGAACUAGCCAAUCACCAGUCCAAGAUUGUUUGUGAUUUGGAAGAUUUGAUUGCAAGGGCACCCGAUUGGGGUAUGAAUGUGAAUCUGGGGGAGCAAGUGGAUUGUCCCGAGUCAAAACCAUAA